AUGUCCGUCGACGUGUUGACGCCGGAGCCGGCGGCCCCCGUCACCUGCCAGCGUGGCGGCGACGCGGAUUCCUCGCCAGGCACGGCGGACGCGACUGAGAGCUGCGGCGGCUCCUCCUCCAGGGACGACAGCAGCGGCCCCUCGCAGCUGUGCAGGCGGUGCGCCCACCCGCUCUUCCCCGCCGCAGGGCAAGAGGAAGGCGAGCUGAGCCCCACGACGUAUCUGUCAAUCGUGCGUCGCCUGCAAGCGAAGGUGCACGCGCUACAAGAGGCACUGCUGGCGUCUAGCCAGUGCGCGUCUUUGCUGGACUCCCUCAGGCGACCGGGCGAACUGUCCACGACGGAAGUGCCGCUGCAGCAGCCACGAAACUCCGGGGAGGGGAACGUCACGCGCAGGAUGCGCAGCGAGUGGUUGCAGGCGGUGGAGGCGAACAAUGCCAUCACCUCGCUCCAACAUGUAUCAUCGCAAAUAGGUCCAGAGAACUUCAACGCCUGGAUGAGUGGAACUUCGCUCAACUCCUGGAAGCACCGUGGCGUCGCCCCCGCGGCCCGCGUCCACCUCAGUGCCUGGGAAGACGCAGGGGGGGAGGAGGCUGCGUCCCGCGCUUUGGACCCAAAGGAGGGACGCGUUUGUGGUGCCACCAAAGCGCCGGCAAUUCCCUGCGUUGCGGUGGAUCCAGUCAUACUCGUGGAUAUCACGGCUGUGAUGCACAAGAACGAGUCGCGGUCUCCUGCCGCGGCGUGCGAGGAGGAUGUUUCGCGGGUCAAACUGAACGCCGACGCCGAGCAUUUAACGGCGGAGAAUGUGCGGUUGCGGGAGGAGGCCGCUGAGGCGCGGCGCGCGUUAGAAGGUAGAGAAGAGGAGGUGCGGCGCCAGCAGGUGGAACUGGCGGCACUGAGCCAAACUGUAAAGCAGCUGCAGGAGUGCAACAGCAAAUUGCAGGAGGCGUGCGACGCCAUGCAACGGCGGUGCGACGACGCCACCGAGACGGCGCGGGCCUCCGAGUCGAGGUUGAAGAAGCUGACCGCAACGAUCGAUUCACUUGAGGCGGAGAGCAAAAAGAGGGGCGCCGAGUGCGCGGCGGCCAGGCGUGAGACGGAGGAUGCAUGGCAGGAGGUACGGCGGUUGGAGUCCGCGCUGCGCGCGUGGGAAGUGAAGGAGCGUGAACUGCAGCGGCUUCGCCUGUUAAUGCGCUUCUCAGAGCUGAAGAAGGACAGUGACAGGCUCACUGUCAUUGCGGGGGAAAUGGAGUCUGCCGAGAAUGAGCGGGACCGUCUCCGCGAGGAAAACAAGCGUUGCCGUGAACUCCUCUCGGAGUAUCGCAGGCGACUGGAGGUGGCCGUGGCAAACGCCGUCAGGCCUGCGCCCGCGACCGCCGCGCCGCAGUGUCCCUCAAUGCGCGACUGUGAGGUGCCGCCGGUGCCGGAGACGCUCCAGGCGACCGUGACGCGGCCGCGGUCGGCUGCCGGAGUGCGCGGGCCGCGGCGGCCGAGCGUCGCGUCGGACACGGCCGGGAGGAAGCGGAAGAAGUCUGUGCCCCAUCUGCGGCACCGCCGCCCUCCAUCCGAAAGACACUCGCUGGGCUUUGCGUCGCUUUUCCCCGGAAGUAGGAGGGGGCAGUAUUUUUUUGGCGACGGGGACGACGGCGCCAGCUAUCCGCAUGCGCUGAGGAAGUGA